UCACUUAAAAAUCACAUUCAUGUUAUAAACAACUCCCAACUUAAAAAUUUCAACGUCCUCUUUUCACUACUUCGAAGGACAAAUAAAGAAAGCCACCAGAGAAACGAAAUUCUCUUUCUUUGGUAAGUGGUGGAUGAAGUGAUGUAUAUAUAUUGUUGUUGAACACAACAACUUUAGAAGUUUUGAUUUUGCACAUCAUGUGAGGAAGUUUGUGAAUGUUAGGGGAUAAAGGUACGUAGUAGCAGAGAGAAACAUGAGUAUACCACAAGCAGCUGCUGCUGCUGCUUCUGCUUCUGCUUCUGCUGCAAGCAGUCCUCCUCCACAUCUGUAUCCACAGGAGUUACAGCUUAAGCUUUACCAAGCCUUCAUAUUCUCAAUUCCUAUACUCUUCUCCAUCAUUCUCUUUCUCUUGUUUUACUUGUUCUACCUCAAGAGAAGGGCUUCCUCUUCUCCUUAUUUGCUUCCAAGGACCAUUCCCAUUAAUCCACCAACCACCACUCCCUAUCAUUCAUCACCCUGUCAAUUCCUCGAUAAGCUUCCAAGGGUUUUAUUUGAUGAGGAUUUGCUAGCAAGAGAUUCCUUUGGUAGGUACAUGGAAAGAAAGCAGAGAGAUAAGUAGAAUAUUUGAAGAACUGUUGUCCGGUUUUUUCCUUUUCUUCUGCUAAAAAGGAAAAUUGAGCACGUGUAAGCCCAACCAAAAUCUCAACGAUUGGUACUGGUCAUAUUUCGUGUGAGGGAAUUUUCAGUAGAUAAAGUGGUGGAAAGCACUUUGUAAACUGUGUGUAGGAUUGAUUCCAUUGUUAGUAGAGUAAAUAAAUGCAGUGAGUGAUGAUGUCCAAUGACAGCAACAGUUAACAGGAAGAGAUGAUUUUGAAACAGGUGUUGUGUUUGUUUGGGGGAGUUUGAGGUGAAGGAAGAGGUGGUGCAGAUUCCUUAUUGCAAGCACGUGUUCCACUUGGAUUGCAUACAUCACUGGCUCCAAUCAAACUCCACUUGUCCACUUUGUAGAUGUUCCAUCAUCCCCACUACUACCAAGUUCAUCAAUCCAGCACCGUCUAUUAAUAUUAUAUCAGACCCACCCCAGCAUGCUGCUAUCUUUUCAGACUCUCCAUCAUUCCCACCUCACUCACAACAUCAUCAUCAACUUCCUG